AUGGACCAUCAUGCCAGCAGAUAUGAAGAUUCUUCCUCGCCAUUCCGACGCAGCUACCUCUCCGAGGACGACUUCGAGACUCGCAACAGCGAAGACGUCCACCGACUUGCCCUUGCGGCCGCACAAGCAGAGCAUGACCGAAUUCGUGAUACCGCGCUUCAAGCGUAUGCCAUGAACGAAUUGCGCGAAUCUCAGAAUCGACUACAGCAACAAAACGCAGCCGAAGCAGAGCGAAUCCGACUCGAGACGGCCCGCGCGUUGGAGGAAACCCGCAUCAGAGAGCUCGAAAAUGCCGCGAAGAGAAUACCUAAACCUCCACCACGAUUGCCAACCCCUCCGCCACCUCCGCCGUCUCCUCCUCGGCAGGUUCAAAGACCGCCUUCUCCUCAGAAACCACCAACUCCCAGCCCUCUCCAGCAACCCCCUCCUGUACCCAAACCAGCUUUACUCCCUACUCAACUUCCCCCACCCACCCCUCAGCCUGGUCCAUCUGCUCUUAGGCCAGUUGCACAAGAGCCUACACCUGCUGUUAAGCCUCCUGCGAGGCCGUCGUCUGAGUCUCAUAUUCUUCCCGGUGCACAACGUUAUGUCGAGAUACACAAGGAGCUCAAAGUAAUGAGAGCCAAUGUUGAUAGCUGGUUACAACAGUUUGACAAGGGAGCUCGAAAUACUAUCGGUGACUUGAGACGAGGUCUUAGAACAGCAUGUGGGCAAUUAGUCGUCAAUCCCCAGAAAGGCGACAACAAUAAAGUGAAAGCCAAAGUGGUAGACAUUAUUCGGAAAACCCUGAACGAUUUCCCAUCACAACCGCGAGUCGAUCCUAGUCCAUACGUAGUCGCAGCACCUCCUGCUGGAGGAUCAACGGGACAUAACGGGGAUAUGCCUGUACUUUUCUUGUGGAUAUUAAACAUAUUUGCGAAAGCCAUCAUCAACCAGUUAGUCAAUGAGGCGGGUGCUCAAAUAACGGCCGCUGAACCCAUUGGUAUCCUGACGGUUUCUAUCUUCGGCCAAAAAGAGUUCUUAUGGAGAGGGAUACCAUUAAUAGAUAUUCUCAUGGCCAAAAUGCGGAAAGUUUGUCCAGUCUUAUGGGGAUUCAGAGGCAAUGAGAAAACCGAGGGCGGAAGGACUGCAGUUGGAUGGCAUAAGGAUGGCGACAGCUGGGUGGACGAACAACAGCACAAUAAUCGCAUGAUGGGACUGGGAGCGGGAUACGCUGCAAUUUGUCUUCGAGAUUUCAGCAGAUCCCAGGUAGCAAUAAGUCCAUGGCAUCCAACUCAUUAUUGGCAAUCCAUGUCAGUCAUCGUCAAUACACCGCCAGGCCAAACUUCAUCCACACAAUUCAUGGUCCUCAAAGCGAUGAUCGACAACAAAGAAAAGUCAUUCAUGAAAUUCUACGGAACUGCCGCACUAGCCGCACUUCGAAUCGCAUUAGUCGACUUUCCCGCCCGAGAGAAGAACCAAACAGCAGUCGCUGUCAGCGCACUGAAAGUCAUAGCAUCUAAACUAGAGAGAGAUCACGGCUUGCAACUACGAUAA